AGGCGAGCGACAAGGGGAAGUCCCAGAAGGAGAUCCUUGAGAAGUUGAAGAGGGACAGGCGGCAGCUGCUGAAGGCCGAGAUCAAGGCGCUCAGCGGUGCAGAUGAACGGCUUGGAAACGGAGUCUGCGGAGAUGGGCAAGCAGAAGGAGGCGGCGAUGGAGUCGGAUCUGGCCACCCGGGUGGAGAAAGAGGAAGAGGAGCGCCAGCGGCAGCUGUCGGAGCUCCAGGAGGAGCAGCAGCAGCUGCAGAGCCAGGAGGAGGCCUCCCAAGCCGAGCUCAACGACCAGGCAGAAUCCCGGCGCCAGGAGGCGGAAAGCCGAAAGAAGCAGCACAAAGAGCUGAAGGGCCAACUGGACCAGACCAAGAGGGACAUGAUCGAGGAGCAGCGCCGAUACAAGGAGAAGAUGGCGGAGCUUAAGAAGCAGGAGCAGGAGAUCCAAGGCAAGAUCGAGAAGGUGGUCAAGGAAACGGAGGAGUUCAACCGACAGUUCGGGGAAGAGCAGGAGUCGCUCUCUAGCAAGCGCGCCACCCUGCAGCAACAGACCCAGAAGAUCGCCACCCAGGUGGAGGCCUUGCAGGAGGAGAGCAGAUCCUCCAAGGCGAUGCUCGAAGAGGAGCAGAAGAAGCAAGAGGAGGAGGUGGCAGAGCUCGACCGCAAGCUCGAGGAGUACUCCAGCCAGAGCCGCGCGCUCUCGGAGGAGCUGGAGAAGCUGGCGGCGAGCCGAACCGUUGAGGAGCCGGACGGUGAGGAGAUCGAGGCGAAGCUGGAGGAGCUUGGUGAGGACGAGAAGGAGCAGGCAAGCCAGAAGGCGUCUCUGAAGGUCCUGAGAGCCGUGAAGGGCCUGAAGAGCUGCGACGCCGAGACCCUCACGGAGGCGUUGCAAGCCUUGGAAGUGGCACUCGCGGAACACUUCCCGCUCACAGGCGAAUUGGAGGCCGAGCUGCAGGAAGAGGCGAGCGGUGCUCUGGAGGCCAAGGCCAAAGAGCAAGGCCUGAAGUCGCUGUCGCACUUUGCCAAGGGCGAUGCGGAGGACAAGGAUGAGGAUGAGGAUGAGGAGGACAAGGACGAGAAGGAAGAGGAGGAGGAUGUGGACAUGGAGAAGGAGGACAAGGAUGAGGAUGACAAGGAGGACAAGGAGGACAAGGAGGAGAAGGAUGACAAGGAGGAGAAGGAUGAUGAUGAUGAGGAGGAGAAGUCGAGGCCUUCCCCGGCCCCGACGGAGGAGGUCCCAGACCCGCGCAAGGAGUCCGAGGAGAAUCGCGAGCAGCUGCAGCAAGCUGCGGAGCUGAAGAUCCUGCGGGCCAUCAACGCGGUGCGAAAGUCCAAAGAUGCCAAAGCCUUUACGGAGGCGAAGGCAGCUUUGGAGAAAGUCAUCAAAGCCGAGCUCCCCAACGCAGGCGCCGUGGCCGAGGAGCUCAGCGCCGAGGCGGAGCACACCGUGCAGGAAAAGUCCACCGUGCUGGGGGUCCGUAUUUCCAAGGAUGAGAAGCCAUCCAAGGACGAGAAGGAGUCCCACAGGGAAAAAGACAACGGCAGCCGCCAAAGAAGAUCCCCCAGCAAGGGGCGAUCAGAGAGGAAGCGAUCUGUGAGCCCGAAGGCACGCAGCGCCAGCGAGGGCAGCGAGAGCCCGAAGGCCAAGCGAUCGCCUGCGGAGGAGCUGAGGAGUCGCCGACCCAGAGGUCAGGAUGACCGGCCAUUGGUCGGCUUCGUCCUCGGAGCCAAGAAGGAGGAGGAGAAAAGGGACAAUAGAAGAGAAGAGAGAAGAGAUGAGCUGCACCAGGCCGAGCCCGAGCCUGCGCUGCCGUCCCCGACGCCGGCGCCGGUGGCGCCGGUGAUGCCGGUGGCGCCCACGCGGCCGGCGACGGUCUUCAACUGGACCCACCGGAACCAGGCGCAGCACCUGGCAGAGCAGGACCGCAAGGCUCGAGAGGAGAAAGAGGCCGCUGCCAAAAGGGAGCGGGAAGAAGCGCUGAAGCGUGCUGAGAGCCAGAUGACGGACAUGGAGAGGCAGCAGGCGGAGAAGGUGGCGCGCUUCCGUGUGACCAAGGCCAUCGAGACGGUGAGGAACUCCCCCCUGGGGCCGCCCCGGGAGCAGGCGGCGGAGGAGAUGCGGCUCAUCAUGACGGAGUGGCUGCCAAAGGUCGCUUUGGAUGCGCAGCAGGAGUUCCUGGAGCAGGCGACCAACGCGCUGGUGGCCAAGCCGCCUUCGCCCGCGCCGGUUGCGGCGCCUUCGCCGGCCGUUUCGGCGCCGGAGCGGGAGAAGGAGGAGCCGCCGGCCUCGGCUCCGGCCGGCUUCGGCGGCUUCGGCAUGGACUCCAUGCCUUCCCUGCCGAAGAUGAUGGCCGACUCCAUGGCCAUGGCAAAGAUGGGCGACAUGCCGAUCUUGCCGAAGAUGAUGGGAGACUCGAUGCCUUCCAUGCCGAAGAUGAUGAGCGACUCUAUGCCUUCUAUGCCGAAGAUGAUGAGCGACUCCAUGCCCAUUCCCAAGAUGAUGACCGCCCCUGGCCUGGCUGAAGGUCGGCCCAAGAUGUCGGCCAUCCCCACGAAGGAGGAGAUGCAGAAUAAGACCUUCACCAAGGCCUCAGGCCCGCCCAAGCCCCUGAUGCCACCUCCGCCGGCCGCUGGCAUGGCGAUGGACGGCAUGAAAGGCAAGGGCGGCUGCGGAGGCUGCGGAGGCCUUGGCGCCCCUCCCGGCGGACCCCCUGCGGCUCCUCCCGCGCCUCCGGGGCCGGGCGGGCCGGGCGGCUGCACGCUGGGGGGCUGCCUGGGCGCCCCCAAGGGCUGCGGCAAAGGCUGCUUGGGUCUCGAUGGCGGCAAGGGCGGCCUCAUGAAGGGCGGCUGCGGAAAAGGCCCAUGUGGAGGCAAGCCGAUGAUGGGCGGCAAGCUGGGGCCAAUGAUGGGCGGGAAGUCGUUCGGCAAAGGUGGCAUGGGCUAGGCUAGGCUCGGACAAAGACCAGCGUGACUUCCAGCAAGUCAGCCAUUGACUCUGAGCCUAGACUGCCCAAGGGGAAAU